AUGGCUUCUUCAAGCUUGGACCGAGACAUCCUUCCGGACACUGUCAAACCCAUCAAUUAUGAUCUCUCCAUCUACGAUCUUGAACUUGGUGGCGCCUUCAGCUACCAAGGGAGCGUCUCCAUCCUCUCAAAGAUCACCAGGAGCACGAGGGAUAUCACCUUGAAUGCCCAUCAGCUCAAACUUCACAGUGCUGAAGUGUUUGUGGAACAGGCAAAGACUCAACUGCACUUCGAAUCUACUGGCAUCUCUUAUGACGUCCCCAGACAACGUGUCACCAUCUCGUUUCCAGAUGACCUGCCCGCGUCUGACAAGGCUCUUAUUGUGAUCAAAUUCCAGGGCACUAUCAACAAUGACAUGGCAGGCUUCUACCGGUCAAAGUAUAAGCCCUCUGUCCCACCAGCAGCAUCUGUUCCUAUGGAUGGUGAGCAUCACGUGAUGUUUUCCACCCAGUUUGAAAGUUGUGAUGCUCGAAGGGCCUUCCCAUGUUUCGAUGAGCCAAACUUGAAGGCAACUUUUGAUUUCAAGAUUGAACUGCCAACCGAUCAAGUCGCGUUGAGCAACAUGCCAGAGAAGAGCGUCACUAAGACCAAGGAUGGCUUCCACCUGGUUUCGUUUGAGCGGACACCAAUUAUGAGCACAUAUCUGCUAGCAUGGGCAGUCGGCGACUUUGAAUAUAUCGAAGACUUCACUAAACGCAAAUACAACGGCAAACCUCUUCCUGUCCGCGUGUAUACUACGAGAGGCUUGAAGAGCCAGGCUCAAUACGCACUUGAACAUGCUCCUCAGGUCAUCGACUUCUUUUCGGAGAUCUUCGACAUUGACUACCCGCUACCAAAGUCGGAUUUGCUUGCUGUCCAUGAAUUUUCACACGGAGCUAUGGAAAAUUGGGGACUUGUCACGUACAGAACGACAGCCGUUCUUUUCGACGAGAAAACGUCGGACGUAAAAUACAAAAACAGAAUCGCAUAUGUAGUUGCCCACGAGCUCGCCCACCAAUGGUUUGGCAAUCUUGUUACUAUGGAUUGGUGGAACGAGUUGUGGCUUAAUGAAGGGUUUGCGACCUGGGUUGGUUGGCUAGCGACAGAUAAAUUUCACCCUGACUGGAACGUCUGGCCGCAAUUCGUAUCUGAGGGGAUGCAAACUGCAUUCACUCUUGACUCACUUCGAAGCUCUCAUCCAAUUGAGGUACCUGUCAAGGACGCUCUUGAUGUUGACCAGAUCUUCGAUGCUGUCAGCUACCUUAAAGGCAGCUCCGUCAUUCGGAUGUUGGCUGCACACCUUGGGCGAGAGACGUUUCUCAAAGGUGUUUCCAACUACCUCAAGGGCCACGCUUAUGGAAAUGCCACGACAAAAGAUUUAUGGUCAGCUCUUAGUCAGGCUUCAGGCCAGGAUGUCAAUGCAUUGAUGGAACCUUGGAUUCGAAAGAUCGGCUUCCCAGUCCUUACAGUUGGUGAAGAGCCGGGUCAGAUUGGUGUCAAGCAAUCACGUUAUCUAUCUACAGGUGAUGUCAAAGCCGAGGACGACACCACUACUUGGUGGGUGCCACUAGGCCUCCGAGGCAAAACUGGCGUUAAAGAAAUCGCUCCUAUCGCCUUGACGAAGAAGGAGGAUAUUGUCAGGGACAUUGAUGAUUCCUUCUACAAGCUAAAUGCAGAUAACUCUGGCUUUUACCGCGUCAACUAUCCACCGCCAAGACUUGCCAAGCUAGGCUCUCAGAUGGAUCGGCUUACAAUAUCUGACAAGAUUGGUUUGAUCGGUGAUGCUGGUGCGUUGGCAGUAUCAGGGGAAGCUUCGACUCCGGGAUUGUUAUCACUUGUUCAAGGCUCUUCGUCUGAGUCAAACUACCUUGUUUGGUCACAGAUUCUUGGGUCACUUGGCACCGUCAAAUCAGUAUUCUCUGAUGACGCUGAAAUCUCAGAUGGCCUAAAGAGGUUCACCCUCAAACUGGUCAGCCCAGCUGUGCAAAAGAUAGGCUGGGAAUCUGCACCGAACGAGGAUUUCCUUACCUCCCAGCUCCGUGCUCUGCUCAUUCUCACUGCAGGCAUAAAUGGCCAUAAUGAAGUUAUUGCCGAAGCUCAGCGCCGCUUCAGACUAUACAUCAGCGGUGAAGACAAAUCUGCUGUUCACCCCAACCUCCGUGCAGCUAUAUUUGGAAUAUCGAUUCGCCAUGGAAAUGCCGCAGAUUACUCGGCUCUUAAGAAAGAAUGGCAGACUACGACCUCCGUUGACGGCAAAGAAAUCAUUCUCCGUGCACUAGCACGUCUUCAGACUCCUGACCUCUUGUCCGAUUAUCUAACGUUCCUUUUCACUGAUGUCGCUACACAAGAUAUCCAUACAGGCGCUAUGGGUCUAGCUGCCAAUCCUGUGACCCGACGAGACCUGUGGCUCUACAUCCAGAACAAUUUCGACGCCAUCCGAGCUCGGUUAGGCAAGAACAUGGUGGUGCUCGAUCGCUUCCUCCGGCUCAGCUUGCAGAAAUUUGCUGAUCGAGAGACCGAGAAAGAGAUUGCUAAGUUCUUCGAGGGCAAGGACAACAGGGGCUACGAUCGGACUUUGAACAUCGUAAGUGAUACCGUACUGGGCAGGGCUGCAUACAAGGAGAGGGAUGCGUCAGUUCUCUUGGAAUGGCUGAAGACAAAUGGCUAUGCUUGA